AUGCAUUUCGCAUUCCCUCCGCGCAAGACCUCGCGCCCGCCGCCCUACGUCGCAGCCGCCAAUGCGCGCAGCCAAGGCUCCUUUCUUACCUGUCGCAUGGCCAGACAGCUUGCCAUCUACGGCUUGAUCGCCCUGGGCUUCCUUUACAUCGUCAAGACUUGGUUCUUCGCCGGACCAGCCCCGGAAUACAUUCCCGCCGGCACCCCGCCCGUCGUGGUCGUCACUACCUUCGACUCACGCCUGUCCGACUCGUUCAAGGAAAAGAUCCGGCUGAACCGGGAGACCUACGCCGCCAAGCAUGGCUACGCAACCUUCUUCGCCAACGCCUCCGACUACGACGUCGGCAACAACCCGAUCACCUGGGCCAAGAUCCCUUCGAUGCGCCACGCCAUGACCGCUUUCCCUCACAGCACCUACUUCUUCUACCUCGACAUCAAUAGCCUCGUCAUGAACCAAGACCUCUCAAUCGAACAGCACAUUAUGCAGAAGUCCCGCCUCGAACAGCUCAUGAUUGUCGGCCUACCGGUCGUUCCUCCGGAUAGCGUUAUCAAGACAUUCGCGCAUAUUUCUGGAGACAACGUCGAUUUCGUCUUGACCCAGGACACGGAUAACCUGUGCCAGAAUAGCUUCAUUAUUCGGCGGGGAGACUGGGCCAAGUACUUCUUGGAUGCGUGGUUCGAUCCGCUGUACCGGUCGUACAACUUCCAGAGGGCUGAGGGCCACGCGCUGGAGCACAUUGUUCAGUGGCACGGUACGGUCCUUGCCAAGCUUGCUCUUGUUCCCCAACGCAUCAUGAAUGCCUACACCAGAGCCGAGGAGGGCGGCACGGAUGCCAUGUAUCAAGAAGGCGAUUUCAUUGCCGCCUUUCCCGAUUGUAAUGACGAGAAGAAGAACACGUGCGAGGACGAUAUGGCGCCCUGGUGGGGCGUAUCCCAGAAGAGUUCGGACUCGUCGUCUUGA